GUGAUUCGGCUUGCCGUAGCAGAGUGCAAACUGCGUCUUCAGAUGCACGUUUUGAAACGGAGCAGCCUUUCCCGUUAGAGGACAGUUUGAGGUUUUCAGGAAGCAUGUAGAGGCUCUGGCCGUGACCACAGGAUGUACCAGCAGGGUAGCGUUGUGGAUCCGCAGAACGGAGUCCCUUCAUCCUAUCCACCAGACUCACACAUGGACUUGCAGGGGUAUAAGUGGGUGCGCUGGCGGGUGUGGUUGUGUCGUCUGGUGGCCCUGCUGACCUUGGGUCUCCUUCUGAUUGUCUUUCACUGGCGGCCCCGGCUCGCCGUCCUCGCACGCUGCCGAUCCUGCCCUCUGGUUUUGGCAGAUGUUCUGCUGUUAAGAGACAGUUUUGGCCAGCAGCAUGUUGUGGAGGUGCUCACGGAGGAGAUGGAGGCGGGCAGUUUGGAUCUGCUGGGGCAGCUCGACGAGGACUGGAGAGAUACGGUUCAGCUUCACAGAGAGGAGAAAACACUGCUGCGCUACUACUUGUAUGAAGGGCUUCGUUACGUCUGGUUGGACAGGAAGGGAGCUUUCUGUCGUGUUAGUGUCCUCAAUGAGGACUGGACUUGCAAAGGCUUGUAUGGCUUCCAAAACGGGUUGAGUCCUCAAGAGCAGAGCUGGAGGAGAAGCAUGUUUGGGGCCAACCUUAUUGAUGUGCCUGUAAAGUCUUAUGUGAGGCUACUGUUUGAGGAAGUCCUCAACCCUUUUUACAUAUUUCAGGUGUUCAGCAUCACCCUGUGGAGCAUUGAUGCGUAUUAUUACUAUGCCUUAUGCAUAUUUAUUAUCUCAGUCAUCUCCAUCAGUAUCUCACUGUAUGAAAUUCGAAAGCAAAGUAUAACUCUUCGCAACAUGGCUCGGUUCAUUACAAAUGUCACAAUAGGCAGAGACUCGGGAGAGGAAGACUGUGUGAGCUCUGAGGAGCUGGUCCCUGGUGACUGUCUGAUCAUCCCUCAGGAAGGCCUGGUGCUGCCCUGUGACGCCGCCCUGCUGGCCGGGGAGUGUCUGGUCAACGAGAGCAUGCUCACAGGGGAAAGUGUUCCAGUGCUGAAAACCCCCCUCCCAGCUGCAGACAGGACCUACAGCUCAGAGACUGAGCGCAGACACACUGUUUUCUGCGGCACCCACAUCAUUCAGGCUAAAGGGGGACGGCCAGGAGGAAGCGGCGCUGUUGCUGUGGUCACAAGCACCGGGUUUUUCACAGCCAAGGGUAACCUGGUCAGCUCCAUUUUAUACCCUCAGCCUAUCAACUUCCGCUUCUACCAAGAUGCCAUGAAGUUCCUGCUCAUUCUCGCUGUGAUUGCUUUCAUCGGUACUAUUUACAUUUUUGUGAUCCUCUUCAGAACCAAUAUCACCUGGCUGCAGUUAAUCAUCAGAAGCCUGGAUGUUGUGACCAUCGCGGUGCCUCCCGCUCUGCCUGCCGCCAUCACCACGGGAACUAUUUACGCCCAGAGCAGGCUCAAGAAGCGGGGCAUCUUCUGCAUCAGCCCUCCACGAAUCAACAUCUGCGGCAAGGUGUCUGUGUUCUGCUUCGAUAAGACUGGAACGCUGACAGAGGAGGGUCUGGAUGUGUGGGGGGUGUUGGAAAGUGGACCUGCUGGCUUCUCAGAACUGGUCCCUGACCCCACACUACUGCCACCAGGGGACAUGAGGGCUGCACUGGCCUGCUGUCACACGGUUACUCUACUGCAGGGUGAGCCCCUUGGAGACCCCUUGGAGCUCAAAAUGGUGGAGUCUACUGGCUGGACUCUCCAAGAGCCAGAGGGAGACGGAGACGCUGCUCACUCUACAUUUGGAGGUCACAAAGUUUUGGCUGUGAUGAGACCUCCAACUCAAAGGCCUCAAGCUCAGGGAACAUACUCCAGUGAGGCGGUUGCCAUCGUCAAGAGGUUUCCCUUCUCCUCGGCCUUGCAGAGGAUGAGUGUGGUGACGGUGGCCCAUGGGGGACGCUCUGCUCUGGCUUUCCUCAAAGGUUCCCCAGAGAUGGUGGCUAGCCUCUGUCGCCCUGAUACAGUUCCAGUUCAGUUCUCUGGCACGCUGCGUAACGUCUCCAGUGAAGGCCUCAGGGUUCUGGCACUCGCCUGUAAACCAGUAGAUGUCGACUCUGACUUACUGAACAUUGAACGGGAGGCAGUGGAGACAGAAAUGCAGUUCCUGGGCUUGUUGAUGAUGAAGAACCUGGUGAAGCCAGAGAGUGCAGAGGUCAUCCACACCCUGACACUCGCUCACGUUCGCAGUGUUAUGAUCACUGGGGACAAUAUUCUAACAGCAGUGAAUGUGGCAAAGAACUGCAGGAUGGUGAGACCUGACGAGAAGGUGAUUUUUGUCAUCGCAACCCCCCACUCUGCUGAAUCGGUGCCCAGUUUGAGGUUCAGCGUAGAAGAUGGUGGGACUGCUGCUGCUGCUGCCCAAGACCCCACAAACCACAUUAAUCAGGGUCUGUACCAGGCUGGUGUCGACUAUCAUUUCGCCAUAAAUGGGAAGUCCUUCGCCGCCCUCUGCGACCACUUCCCUGGAUAUCUUCCGAAGGUGUUGAUGAAAGCAACUGUAUUUGCGCGCAUGGCUCCCGACCAGAAAACCCAGCUGGUGAAGGAGCUGCAGAAACUGAACUAUCGAGUAGGCAUGUGCGGGGACGGGGCCAACGACUGCGGGGCCCUGAGAGCUGCCGACGUCGGGGUUUCCCUGUCCGAGGCCGAGGCAUCGGUCGCAUCGCCGUUCACCUCAAAGACGGAAAACAUCAGCUGUGUCCCACUGCUGAUCAGAGAGGGCAGAUGUUCUCUUGUUACGUCCUUCAGUCUCUUCAGGUACAUGGCGCUUUACAGCCUCAUCCAGUUCUGCUCUGUCCUCAUCCUGAACACAGUGAAGACAAUCAUGGCUGACCUGCAGUUCCUGUUCUGUGAUUUGUUCCUGGUGACCCUGCUGGCCAUCGUGAUGGGGAGGGGAGGUCCCAGUGAGGAGCUGCAUCCCUGCAGACCCCCAGCCAGCCUGCUGGCCCUGCCCGUGUUUGGCAGCCUCUUCAUUCACACCUGCACCGUCGUUCUGGGCCAGCUAGCUGCAUUCUUCAUCACCACCACGCAAGAAUGGUAUAUUCCGCUAAAUUCAACAGUAUUUGGAGCAGAAAACCUGCCCAACAUGGAGAACACGUCCGUGUUUGCCUUAUCGGCUUACCAGUACAUCAUCAUGGCAGUGAUAGUCACCAAGAGCUUUCCUCAUAAGAAACCUCUCUAUCAUAAUGUGAUCUUCCUCUGCCUGCUGCUGAUCCACUUUGCCGUGGUGACCUUUCUGGUGUUGUAUCCGGGUCCUUUUUUCAGGAGAAUAUUCAAACUGUACGACUUCAACGACAUGAACUUUAAGAUGCUGCUCGUUGCCAUGGCAGCUCUCAACCUCUUGGUGUGUUUUGUGGUAGAGCUGCUGAUAGAUGUGGGUGUUUUGAACUGCCUCCGGUUGCUGCGAGGGAGGCGUCCAUCCAAGAAGCAGUACAAACGUCUGAAGGCUCUGCUGUCUGACUCGGCAUCAUGGCCGCCACUUGAUGAAACCCUGUCCCCCACAAACAGCACAGUCAUCUCCUUCAGCUAGCGCUCACCUGAGCUUUAACCACGUUGGAUUUUCUAAACGGCAUCCCCUCCCUGGACAACAAUGCAAUGUUUACCUGAAAAAAAAUAAAAGCUAUUUUUAUGUAUA